GCCUCCGGGCGGUAGAGGGCGGCCUCGCCUGCGGCAGCGGCUCUCGGUGCCCGGCUCCGCGCCUUCCGGGCGACCCGGUGACCUCGGGCGGCGGGCCGCGUCGGCCGGGCAUGGCGGCUUGGAGCCCGGCCGCGGCGGCGCCUAUGCUCCGCGGGACGCGCGGGCUUCCUCUUCUCCACUGUGCCCAGCGGAUGUUUGCCUCGCAGACUGAGGGGGAGCUCAGAGUGACCCAAAUUCUCAAAGAAAAGUUUCCUCAAGCCACAGCUAUCAAAGUCACCGACAUUUCAGGAGGCUGUGGGGCAAUGUAUGAAAUCAAAAUCGAGUCAGAAGAAUUUAAGGAGAAGAGAACUGUUCAACAGCACCAGAUGGUAAAUCAGGCACUAAAAGAAGAAAUCAAAGGGAUGCAUGGAUUACGGAUAUUUACCUCCAUCCCCAAACACUGACCACGCCCUGGCUGUAUAGAUGCUGCUGCUUUACGACCUUGGAUAAACUUGAUGGACACCGUUCCUCCCCAGGCAUUUGCCAAAAUUUGCCUAUUUUGUUCAUAGACAUUUCCAUAUUAUAAUUAUAGAAGAAUAUUUCUUUAUUUAGGUAUUAAAGGCAACAGCUUUUGAAGAAUCA